CCAGAGGUCGGUGCAAAAAAUUAAAAGAUUCGGUGGAAAAGUCGCACGGAAUUGCAAAAAUUAGUGCGCUCCAUGUAAGAACCAUUGAACCAGCAGGUUCACCAUGUUUAUGGAAACAAGGGUGGGGGAAGAGGUGCCGGACGUUGCCACAGGCUGGCGCUGAUGUCAUAUCAAUGGCAUGUAAAGUAAAUUUAGUAAAUAACACGACCACAUGUUCAGCGUGCAUCGUGUUAUCAAACAUCAAAGCUGUCAAAUAUGAAGAAAUCUCAAAUAAAGCGCAAGCCUGAGUCGGAUGCCUCUUCCGCUUCUGAGGAAAGUGAAGAAGAACAGCCUUCUGAGGAAAGUGAGGGAGAACAGCCUUCUGAGCCUUCAGAUAUUGAAGAGGAAAAUGAAUUGGACACACAGGAAAGCCCUGAGAAAAGGGCAAGGGUUGAUGACAACUCCGAGAGCGAAAGCGACGAUGGAUCAGUGACGGGCAACGCAGGUUGGGCGGACGCAAUUUCAAAUGUGCUCCGAACAAACAAGCCAAAGAAACAAAAGACUUUGAUUCUGUCACGAGCCAAAAAACUGAACAGUGGUUCUGUAGUGAAGGAAGAACCUGAAGAAGUAGGAUUUGAAAUUGAUGGGGAAGGGAAAGAAGAAAAGGAGGAUGAGGAUAAGAAAGAGGAGAAGCCAGACGUGAAGCCAAUUUUGACUGCUGCUCAGCUUCGAGAUCAAAAAUUAAAGAAAAAAACUUGGGACACGAUGUGUAGGAGCAAACCCAACGUUCUAGGAAUGAACAGAGAAAAGGCUCUUGGAAAAAUUGCAACUCGAGGUGUCAUCCAACUGUUGAACGCAGUCAGGAAGCAACAGAAAGAUGUUGAAAGUCAACUUGAGGAAGCUGGAAGUUCUGAGAGGAAGAGGGACAAGGUCCUGAAAUCGGUAGAUAAAAACAGUUUUCUAGAUAUUUUGAUGGGAACAAGCAAGAGCGUUCACCUUGGAAGAAACAAACUUGAAAAAGACGAAGAAGUUGAUAAUUUUGAUUUGAGCUAAUAAAAUACUAAGGUUAUAAUACUAA